UUAAAGUGAUUGACCACUGACAGUUGAUGGCUUUUUGCGCCAAAAAUCUACAGUAUUUCUACCGUUUUUGUUAAUUGUGUAAUUAGAUUAAGUCAAUUUGUGUUUAAUCUUCUACAAUGGCAGACAAAUACCAAUUAAGUGAAGGCAGCUUACGAGUGAUUAUGAGUGGGGGCAAAGUUGAAGAUGCUAUAAUGCAAGUGUUAGGCACUAAGCGAAUUGCAUCUGGUAGCUCCUCCGAUAAAGAAAGGUACCGUCUACUUCUAUCAGAUGGCAAAUACCUCAUUUCUUUCGCAAUGUUAACUACACAAAACAAUGAUAAGAUUGUUAAUGGUGAACUCUCCGACAAUUCCAUAAUAAAAAUCAAAAAGUACAUCACCAGCGUUAUUAACAAUGUGGGAAAAGUGAACAAACGUGUUUUAGUUAUAUUAGAAAUGGAGACCCUAGUUCCUGGCCAUAAGUCGAGUAAAAUUGGUUCUCCAGAACAAUUGCCGGAGGAUGAUAGCGAACCACUUCCCAGUGAGACUAAAAAUAACACUGUCAGUUCGAGUACGUCAUCUACUGUGCCACAAGUUAAUGGUUCUCACAGAAACGACACUGACGUAAACAUGUCCAUGCAAGACCAGCUAACGCAUCCCAUUUCAAGCUUGAGCCCCUAUCAGAAUAAGUGGGUGAUCAAGGCACGUGUCAGUAACAAAUCCUCAAUUCGCACAUGGUCAAAUUCCAGAGGGGAGGGUAAAUUAUUCAAUAUGGAUUUAAUAGACGAGAGCGGUGAAAUUCGAGCAACAGCAUUUCGCGAUCUUGUGGAUAAAUUUUACGACUUAAUCGAGGUGGACAAAGUGUAUUACAUAAGCAAAUGUCAACUGAAAAUCGCCAAUAAGCAAUUUAGUAAUCUCAAUAACGACUACGAGAUGACAUUUACCCCCGACACAAUCGUGCAGGAGUGCCAUGAUGUGGUGGAUUCUAUACCUCAAACCAGAUACGACUUCAUCUCGAUUGAUAAAAUUGCACACAUUGAAGUGGAUACAAUGAUAGAUGUUAUCGGAGUAUGCAAAAGCGCGUCCGACGUCCAAAUGUUUCAAGCGAGAUCUACAGGGAGGGACUUAAAAAAACGCGAACUCACUUUGGUGGAUCAAAGCAACAAUUCCAUCGCCCUAACCCUUUGGGGUACAGAGGCGGAAACGUUCGACAGCGCCUCCCAACCGGUAAUAGUCAUUAAAGGCGCGAGAGUGUCUCAGUUCGGUGGCGGAAAAACGCUCUCCACGAAUGCCUCUACAGUCAUGAAAAUUAAUCCGGACAUUCCGGAAGCGCAUCGUCUCCGAGGCUGGUUCGACAAUGAAGGUAUAUCCAAGACUACGGUCAAUAUUAGCGCCAGGUCGGAGGGCGGCGGGUCACAAACUCAAUGGAUUAACGUUAAGGACGUUCAGGAAAUGGGCAUGGGACAGGGUGACAAGGGCGAUUAUUUCCAAGUUGUGGGCACCAUACUUCUGUACCGUUCCGAAAACGGAAUAUACAAGGCCUGUCCAAAAGAAGAUUGCAAGAAGAAGGCAGCCGAUCAAGGGAAUGGAAUGUACCGAUGCGACAAAUGUAAUCGAGAGUACCCCAACUUUAAGUAUCUGUUACUGGGAUCAGCCAAUAUUGCCGAUUGGAGUGGAAAUAUCUGGCUCAGUUUGUUUUCUUCGGAAGCAGAGAAAGUGUUGGGCAUGAGUUCUCAGGCUGUUGGUGAAGCAAUUGAGAAUGACUCGCAGGCGUUAGUUGAGAUUGCGGACAAGGCGCACUUUAAGGAGUUUAUCUUUAAGUGUCGCUCUAAGAUGGAAAAUUACAAUGAUGAAAAUCGUCUGAAGACUGUCGCCCUUAGAGUGGAUCCGGUGAAUUACAAAGAGUAUAACUCUUACCUGAUAUCACAAAUUAACGAGUUACUAAAUUAAAUGCGGGCACCCAUUUUCAUUUUGUGAUCACGUUUGAAGUUAAAACUAAAUUAUUUAGUUGUGAUUCAAUUGGACAAAUUCAAGUAUUUAUUUUUACAAUCAUCUGAUUCCAUUAUUAUUAUAUUAUUAAUACUUUUUAUAGUUUAUAUUUUAAAAUUGUUUACUAACGUUACUAAAUAUUAAAAUAAAUAUUGCAUACUGAC